AUGGCCGGCGUAAUCAGCGUGGCUUCGGCGCCGAUAGCAAAAAUCAAGUCGCACAUCGCACACAUACAAAAGCUGAUGGCCGCUGGCAAAUUCAGCUCCGACGGCUUCGCCCUGUAUCGACACCACGUCUUCGUGUCUCUUCUCGGGCAUCAGACAUCACUCGGCGCUAACACAGUCUCGCCUGAAUACGCGGAGAUUCGCGCCUCUCUUGACUGGACCUUUCUCACAGAGGACCAGCUCGAAUUCUGGCGCCGCAAGAGUCGAGAGCUUGAUGAUGGAGACACGAAAAGUCUGGGUCCAAAGGUGUUGGAUGACUUCGUAGCAGGUCUAUUACACCCUGAACAUCCUGCAGCCGGAGUAGUUGAACUUCCCGAGCAGGAGCAAGAUCUAGAAGUCGGAGCAGUCGAGAUCGGCAUGGAAAAGCAAAAGGUAAAAAGCGAGAGCGAAAGUCUUCAGGCGGAAGGAGAUGGACACGGAAGCCAGUCUUCACCACACACCACAACAGAUACGCAGGGAUGGAAUUACGUUAUGUCAAAUUUCGAGCGCCUCAUCAGUAGUGUGCAAGCAGCACAAUCCGAGCGGCACAGGUUGCGACUGCUGCACCAAAUGAACCGCAUGGUAGACGCAGACGGCUAUUUCCUCUUUCAGUUCCAUGCAAAUGCGUUCCUGAAGGAAACUGGUGCAGGGAUCUACUCGACAGGGAAUGCGAACCUGGAUCUGCGUGUGGUCUGGAAAGAUUCGGCACAGCAACUGCGCGAGGCGUGGUCUUCCGAUUCUGGCAGCCUCAAAACAGGCCUAUCAAGAGGCCUAAUGGACGCGCUCAACCACUUCGAGGUGGCUCAAAUCUCUGGUCGGUCCAGACGGUACCGCGAGAGAGUCUUGCUUGCCUUUAGGUCGCCUGAUGGAGAGCAGCAAAGAAUUGAAGACGACAUUGAUAUGAUAACAACGUUGGAGCAACUCAUCGUAGGCUUCCCUGAUCCGAUGGAAGUCAACCAGACGAUCGACAAGACGUUGCAAGCUAUCGCCCUGCGCCUCCGCGAAUAUCCGACAGCUAUCACUCUAAUUCGAUGGAAAUGUAUGCGAAUCAAUUACAAUCCAGGGGCUGGGGGCGUAACCGGCAUAGCCUCCAGACUCCGCGCUGCGGUCGAUCGAGACAUCUGUCCUUCCAAUGCGCCUUCAGCGCAUCAGGACUACUCCGGCCGCAUGAAUGAACUGAUCGAACCUUUCGUCUACUUGAACAGAAAGAGCAAAGCAUUCUCGGACCUCGGAAUCGACUCAACUCUCGGUGCUGAAGUGUCCACGAAUCACCAAAGCUCUCUCGCCUGGCUACAUGGAAGCCAUUGCCAUUUGAAACCACUCACGACCGAGAAGAAGGAGAGAAUUGUAACAUUCUUCCUUCAACAGCUUCGCUGGAGGGUGCGUGCCCAGGUGAGCAUUUCCCUACUUACCCCUACUCACUUGAAUUGUACUAAGAUGUCAUAGAAGCGGGACCAUUCGCUCCUGUCUCCCAGGAGCGCUUCCAUUUGGAGUUUGUGUAAGAACAACAAGGGAUUGCACGAGCAGCUUUACGAAUGUUUCAACCAGGAGGGUCUGAGUUCUGACGAGUACGAGGACCUUUUGGAACAGAAGAUGUAUUUUUUCUUCCGCGCUGCUGGAGAUCUGAAAGGACCCAAUGAUGCUGGAGGCCACUGA